UCCCGUCGUACCGUCGUCCGUCAUCCGUCUCCGAACCUCAUUCACCCUCCACCGCUCCUCCGGACGCCCCUGCAACCUCAUUCUCCGCCUUCGUCUUCCCGUCGGGGCUGCUUCCAAACCUCAGCACUUGCUGGAAAACGGCGCAGCGGCUGCCUCGUGGCACUUCACAAACCCCCUCCCACGCAGACAACAACUCACGAUGAUUCCCUGACCGCCGUCUCUCUCCCCCACUCACUCCACUGGAACUUCACCUCAUCUCAUCCAAUUCCGUCUCACCUUUUUACCGGGACCAAAGUGACCGUUGCAAGCCUCCUUCAGAAAGAACAUCCCUAACCCGGCAUCACCACCACCACCAAACACCACCAUGGCCUCCAUCCCCCAAGCCCUCUGGUCCGCCCAGAUCCCCCUCCACAUCAUCCACCCCUCCCACCCCAACACGCCUCUCAUCACCUCCCUGCCGCGCUUCUCCUACCUCGCUCUCCUCGUCCCACGCUGCUCCGCCUUCUUCCGCGCCCCGGUCUCCGCCUUCCACCAUGAGGACCUGCUGCUCCGGAACCUGCCCCUCGGCCUGCUCGUCGACCUCUACCAGCCCCCGCUGCCCUGGCGCCUCACCGUCAGCGACGGCGACAGCUGGGACAUUGGCGACACCUUUCUCAACUGCGUCAAGGAGGCAGACUUCGUCCGCUACGGCAACGCAAAACGCAUCAUGUCCCUCUCCAAGGCCGACACCUCGGCCCUCUGGAACGCCGUCCGCGACAACGACCACGCCUCCUUCGCCAAGAUCAACGCCCUCCUCCUCAACGCCCCGACGCCCCUCCGCAACGUGCCCCUGCGCGUCUACAUCCCCUCCUCGCCGCCCCCGCCCUUGUCGGCGCUGGCGGCUCCUGUGCCAGCCUCGCCCUCGCCGUCACCUACCCUGGACUCACCGCCGCCGCCCCCGGCUCCGGCCGCCGCCGCCGCCGCCGACCAGCCCCCCUCUACGGGCGCCUUCAAGGUCCUCCAGGCCCUCGUGCCCCCGACCGUCCCGGGCACCCGCUCCACCCCGCAGACGCUCGGCCGCGCCCUGCAGUCCCAUUUGCCGUCCCUCUUCCCCUCGAGCCGCGACCCGGUCCUCGCCAACGUCGUCCUCCACGGCUCGCCCGUGCCCUUCUCCGCCCCGCUCGAGGACCUCAUGCGCGAGGCCGCCUACCCAGAUGGCUGGCUCUGCCUGGCCGUCGUGUUGCUGUGAUGGUGGUGGUGGGGACCUGUACUUAAUGGGACUGGAAUGGGAGUGGCGGCACUAGGCGUUUUUUGGGAGUUUCAAGUUGAGGGUCUUCAUGUUUGGUAUUGUAUGGUAGCAGCGUUCAGUGUGGUUUGUAGACAACCCUUGAGAAGCAGGGGCAAGCAAGCAUUCUUCAAUACAGCACAAAUAAUUCCGUUACACCCUGUCUGUUUG